CACCCCACGGCUCCGGAAGCUGCAGUCCCCUCGCCCAGCUCCGCGCGGCGUCUCCCGGGGCCACGUUUCCGCCGCCGGGCCCCCUGCCUCGCAGCGAUGGCGAUGCGGAUGGCUGCGCGGCGCGGGCGGCCAGUGCGGGUGCUGGUGGACAUGGACGGCGUUCUGGCCGAUUUCGAAGCCGGCCUCCUGCGGGGCUUCCGCCGAAGCUUCCCCGGGGAGCCGCACGUGCCGCUGCAGGAGCGCCGCGGCUUCCUCGCCUGCGAGCAGUACCGAGCCCUGCGCCCGGACCUGGCGGACAAAGUGGCCAGUGUGUAUGAAGCCCCAGGCUUUUUCCUAGACUUGGAGCCCAUCCCUGGAGCCUUGGAAGCAAUGCGGGAGAUGAAUGACAUGCAGGACACCGAGGUCUUCAUCUGCACCAGCCCUCUGAAGAAGUAUGACCACUGUGUGCCUGAGAAGUACCGCUGGGUGGAGAAGCACCUGGGGCCCCAGUUUGUGGAGCGCAUUAUCUUGACGAGGGACAAGACGGUGGUCUUGGGGGACCUGCUCAUUGAUGACAAGGACACCAUUCAAGGCCAAGAGGAGACCCCAAGCUGGGAGCACAUCUUGUUCACCUGCUGCCACAACCAGCACCUGCCCCUGCCCCCCCCACGGAGACGGCUGCUCUCCUGGAGGGACAACUGGAAGGAGAUUAUAGACAGCAAGCGGGGAGCCCUGCAGCGGGACCGAACCGGCCUGGGGCUGCCCCAGCAAUAAGGCGAGGGGCCAUGGCCGUGGACAGUAGCUGAAGGAAGGGAAGGCAGACCAGCAGGGAACCCGGGCAGAACUGAGCGACAGGGCAGCAGCAUUGCAAUGACCCCUCAGCACUGUGCCAGCCACCUGAACCCUCCUGGCAGAGCUGGCCUGGAAACAUGGUGGGAAAAUCAGGAACCUUUUUAAUAAAACACUUUGGCUCA